AUGUUGUCACAAAACCCAGACAACGACGCGACCGGUGUCCAGUUAGAGGACAUGGCGCACUCGACGGCUACGCCGUCUGACGCAGAAGCCAUCCAGACACUCUUGGAUGUCUUCAGUGCCACACCGGAACUCACCAUGUCGAAUGACUUGAAUGAGUUUCUCACUUCGCCCCUAAUCGACUCUCCCUUCGAUGAUGAGCUGCUCACCACGCCCGCAUGUGGCUCCGCGGACAACAAUGCGGACAUCCUCACGAGUCCGCUUUUGGAUGAUUUCGGUGGUGACUCGUUCGGCGAACUCCCAUCUCUCUUUGAUGAUUUCAGUACUAUUUAUCCCCCAUGCAAGCCCGCUGAAUUCCAUCACAUCCCCCAACCCAAUUUCGAUGAAUUGUAUCAAAUGUCCCCCGACACUCCAAUGCUCAACACUCCACUCGAAUCACCCCUCGACUCGCCUGCCAACCGUCGUCCACCGCAGCGGAAGGUGUCUGUCACUGGCACGCGCAAGAACCUUACGCCGGAGGCCCUUGUCCCUAUCGACGCUCCCACGCAGCAGCGUAAAUACCUUACCCCGUCAGCGACCUCUCGCAAGGAAGUUCCUGCUGUCUUCGCUCGGAAGCGGGCGCGUGUAACCGCUUUCGGUGACGAGCAAGACGAGCUCACUGAGGAUGUGCGCAUCGUCCCUUCCAUGACUGAGCAGGAGCAGAUUGAAGCAAAAAGGCGCCAAAACACAAUCGCUGCACGACGAAGUCGCAAGCGCAAACUGGAGUACCAACGCGAGUUGGAGGAGAGUAUUGAGCAGUACAAGCGUGAGAGUGAGAUCUGGAAAUCGAGGGCCAUGACUUACCAGGCCCUACUGCGGAGUCAUAAUGUCGAGUAUCCCGAGUUUCCAGACCCAUGA